AUGGGAUACAUUAAGUUGAUAACUUUUGUUUCCAUUUCCGGGAUUCUGCUGUCUCCUGCUGAUGCUCAAUACAAUCCAACUCUUGGGCAAAAGUAUUUCGUAAUUGGACUCGCGACAAAUGGGGCCAAGCAAGCCUGCCUUAACAACAAGGGAUAUCCAAAUUAUAUGUAUCAAAAUACAAUUGUCAAUGACGCGCAGCUUUGGGGAAAAAUUCGAUUGUCGUUGAGCGUGUCCGUCCCGGACCAGGAAAUUGUCGUCUGGGUGACCGGGUCAUCUUCAAUCAGUUCAAACUGGGCGAACGCUGGCAAUGCCCUGAUUAAAGGACCGGCCUAUCCUGUUGGUCAGCAGCGCUUGAUUCCGUGGUCGUUGGGUGGCGGAUACACGAUGGGCGAUAGUUUAUUAGAAGGCUUCACGGCCGUCUGGGGGUAUUGGGAGAAGGAUUUGGUUUCGUACUAUGGAUAUGGCUGUCCGCGAUGUGGCGAUCAGGACUACGCAGCCCAGUUCGACGCAACCGUUCCGACUCGAGUUCGUGUCACCUACAACAACGACCCGGUCCCGAACAUGGCCCCAAAUUCGUGCGAUCGGACAAAGAUGCCUGUGCUUGGUGCAAAUCCGUCGUGCUGGUUCCAAAAUUCGCCUGCCGUGCUUUAUUCGGCGGCUACGACCGUCAGCAAACAAUGCUCAAUCGAUGAUGACCCGUCGUGUUGUCCUGCUGGUGGCAACGUCCUAUCUCCCGGCUACGGGGACCACCUCAAAUAUUUCGGAUACACAUCCGCCCAGGAUUACAUCCAAAUGAGCUGC